AUGCCCAUUCACAAUUCAAAGACAGAAACAAAUCAACAAUUCGAGUCGAUGAAAACCACGUUCCCCAUCGACUCGCCAAAAAAAACGAGAGAGCAACCUCAACAAAAAAAGACAAUUACACGACAGAAACCAACCCAAGUGGCCGAGUCAUCGACAACACAGACCGCUACCCCGCAGUUUAAAAAGAGGCUCACAAAUACGGACGAUUUUGGCCGAGUCUCCCAUUUUAAACGCGCACGACUGAGGUCCAAGGAAUCUGUACCUGUACCUGUACCUGUACCUGCCGCCAACUCAACAUCAAUUCCCAUGGCCUUCAUGACUGAGGAGCAAGUUGUAGUUGCUCGAAGAGGCUCGGCUAAGUUUAUUCUUGAACAACUCCUGAAUAAACCAUCGACCGCCGCGGAUAAAACGCUUACCAUAUACAAGGUGUACAUAAGACAAUGGCAGCAAUACUGGGAUAACAAGGCUCAUGAAGGCAGCGAUACUGUAGACUAUACUGUUAAUGCUGCUCGGAUGGUUGAGUUUUUCAACGAAGUAACAUUCAUGCGAACGACGAAAAAAUACGUCGGUGUGAAUACUAGCUACAUGGGACCAGUGAGCAUAGUACCGCAAGUGGACACAGACGAGAUGCCGGGCCCCAAUGCAGGAUCACUCUGGGUACCUUCCUCACCACCUCCUAACGAGGAUUUGACAAAAUGGGCUGUUUCACGCGCUUUGGAAUUCACAGCUCAACCUGCAUCAUCAAAAGCACAAGCCGAAGAUCCAUCAGAUGAUAAUGAUACUGAUGAUGAAGACGAGGGACAAGAUGGUGCUGAGCACUCUAUGGCAGCUACCAUUGGUAGAGCAGGAAAAGGUAAAUAG